UUUCACUUCUUUUGUAGGAUUUGAAGCUACUGCGAUUCCCUGAUAUGAUUUAGGUACUUUUGAGCGAAUUCCACCUGCAGACUUUCGCGUAGUGCAGUUUCAAAAUGCGAUUGUGGUUCGACUACCAAAAGCCCGGAAACAACGACGGGGAAAACGAUACUGAACUUGUUAUCAGGAAAGUGUUUUUAGUUGAAACCCUGAAAACCCCGAAUGUAGCUGCGCUUGCAGAAGUGAUUCGUUCGAAGUUUUCUAUUCCUUCGAAGAUAUUCCUCUAUUUGAACGACUAUGGGGUGGACUUCGAGGAGAGCAUCACUAUUUUCGAACACGAUGAUGUCGUCACGAUCAAGUGCACCGAUAGUGAGCCGUGUUCUCACGACAAAACGUCUGGCUCAGAAGAAAGUUCAGGCAGACGCAGCAUUCUGAAGAAGCCGAAAUCCGUUUCCAUUUUGAGCCCUGGUGAUGCCUCCCUAGGAAGCUCACGCGUGAAUGCAUCUUCAACUCCGAUGAUUUUAGAUAUCAGUGAUGCAGAAAGCGAAACCGAAUCAUCGUCAGAGAGUGAAGACGAACCACCGAAGCCACCUAUGAAACUGCCGGUGAUUCCAGCUGAGAAAUCUGAUGGCGCAUUGUUGAGAAUUCUCAACAAGAUUGAGGACGUUUCGGUAUUGGAAACGACGGACGAUUCUUCAAAUCCGAUUGUUGAAAAGAAGCGUAAUCGGAAAAGAGGCCGCCGCGGGAAAGGAAAGCAAGAUGUAGUAGUUCCUGAAGUGAAACCUGCUUCUGAGAUAAAUGGAACGAUAAAUUUGUCCAGCGAUCGAGAUUCAGCAUCAACUUCGAGGCUUUCGAAAGACGAAUGGAACCGAAUGAAGAAGAACAAGCGGAUGGCAUCAACAAAUUUUGUUCCGUCUGGUCACAGAAAUAAGCACGUUCGAUUUGAGGCUGAAAAUGAGCAUGAAUGCUCUUCCGAAAGCUCUGUCGCCGGGGGUUUCGGUGGGAAUUCAAUGACAUCGGUUGAAAACGUAUCAGGUUCUCGCUUUCCUACCCCAACGUUCUCGACUUCUCGAACACCAAGUGCUUCGAGUACCCCGAUCCGUUUGAUGCCGCGUCAGUUGCGUUUGUCGGUACCUUCUGGUUGGGCUUUGUCAAAGAAUUCCUCAGCCCCCGUCAUUCCUGAUGCGAAGGAAGUUGCUUUAAAAGCUGUGCAUCUGUCCGAGCCACAGACCAAUAAGUCCAAGUUCUUCGUUGCUCCAGUGGAACGCCCUGAGGAACCGAAAAUUCCAGUUGUUCUUGAGGAAGUACCUGAAAUUACGGAUUUGCCGGAACCACUUCGGGAAUAUGAGGAGAUUGAAACUGUGGCAGUCAAAGCAGAUUAUGCUUCUUAUCCUGCGAUGAAAAUGUUGUCCAAGUUUCCGAAAUCUGGGGAUCGCAUCGCCUUCAAGAAACUGGAAAUGUCAGAAUUGAUGACGCCAGAAAUCUCGAAUUACAAGGAGGCUGAUGUGGUUGAAUACAACGAAUCGUCGGGGUUAGUGGUUCUGCAGGUCGUUGUGAACCCAGGAGUUGCGGAUAAAGAGAACCUGAUUGAAAAUGGUGUGGGCAUUGAGAUUUGUGAGCACCAUUGGAGUGAGCUGAUCGACCCUCGCUUGAUGAAAUCCUAAAUUUUCUUUGAACCUUUUUUUUUCUUGUUCUUGUCGAAAUGAAUUGAUUCCGAUCGUGAAUGAACUUUCUGCUUUGGAAAGAAGCUGGUGGAUA